GUUGGCCACACUUUUCCAAUUUUUUCAACGACGCGAAGGCUGUGCCUGUGAAUUUUUGUUCAAAUAAAUAUAAAAUUAAAGCAUAUUGAGCAUUGAAAAUAGUGAAAUGGGCGGCCAUAACGAUAAUCAGAACGGAAACUCCAACGGCCACGAUGAUGAUAUCACCGAGCCGGAGCAUAUGCGUAAACUGUUCAUUGGUGGUCUGGACUACCGCACCACCGAUGAUAACUUGAAGGCGCAUUUUGAGAAAUGGGGCCAAAUUGUCGAUGUGGUGGUCAUGAAGGAUCCACGUACCAAGCGCUCGCGUGGAUUUGGCUUCAUCACCUAUUCUCACUCUUCCAUGAUUGACGAGGCCCAGAAGGCUCGUCCCCACAAGAUUGAUGGACGCGUUGUUGAGCCUAAGCGCGCCGUGCCACGCCAAGAUAUUGACUCGCCAAAUGCUGGGGCCACUGUGAAAAAGCUGUUUGUCGGCGCCCUCAAGGACGACCAUGAUGAGCAGAGUCUGCGCGACUACUUCCAGCACUUUGGCAGCAUUGUGGACAUCAAUAUUGUCAUGGACAAGGAGACUGGCAAGAAGCGUGGCUUUGCCUUCGUUGAAUUCGAUGACUACGAUCCAGUGGACAAAGUUGUGUUGCAAAAGCAACAUCAGCUGAAUGGCAAAAUGGUGGACGUGAAGAAGGCCUUGCCCAAGCAGAACGAAAUGGGUGGAGGCGGCGGCGGUGGUGGUGGUCGCGGCCAGGGUGGUCGUGGCGGUGGAAACCGUGGAUCCAACAUGGGCGGCGGUGGCGGCAGCUAUGGCAAUCAGAAUGGCGGCGGUAAUUGGAAUGGCGGCGGUAAUUGGGGAAAUAACCGUGGAGGCAAUGAUAACUGGGGCGGAAACAACAACUUCGGUGGCGGCUACGGCGGUGGUGGCGGCAACAAUGGCUGGGGCAACAACAUGGGUCCCUGGGAUAAUGGCAAUGGCGGCAGCAACUUUGGUGGAGGUUCCAAUUGGGGCAACGGUGGGGGCAAUGAUUUCGGCGGGUACCAACAGAGCUACAGCGGCGGUCCCCAGCGCGGCGGCAACUUCAACAACAACCGCAUGCAGCCCUACCAAGGAGGCAACUUUGGCAACAAAGCAGGCGGUGGCAACCAAGGCAACUAUGGCGGCAACAAUCAGGGCUUCAAUAGCGGUGGCGGCAACAGCCGCAGAUAUUGAGGGAGAAUACCAGACGAGGUGAUAAAUUAGAAGUCGCUCAGUAUAAACCCAAAAGUCACAGUCAAGUAAACGAUACGCAAUUCAAUGAGUAUGAAGAAGUAUGAAGAAGUUUUCCGAGCACCACAAACCAUACCAAAACAUGACAGAGAAGAGAAGAGAGUAAUCAGGAUCAGUGCAGAGCAGAGAAGUGCAGAGGAAAGGAAAGGAGUGGAAAGGAGAGCAGAAGAAGAGAAGUGCAGACAGACAGAGAAAAGAAUAAGAUGAGAAUGAGAGAUCAGUGCAGCAGUGCAGCAGUACAAGUACAGAGCAGAGCAGCCGUGUGUGUGCAUCGAUCAGAGGGCACAGAUUGAAUAUCAGACAAAGCUUUAUUCAUAGAGAGUCGAGUCGAGUCGCACACACACAGCAUGCACACACACAACAAGCAGAAGUACACGUACACAGCAGCUGGCCAGGAUUCGAUUCAAUUCGAUUCACUAAUGCUUAUUGCACUUGAUGAUUGAUUACCCCUUCUGUGAGACGCAUCAAAAACAAUCCAAUACCCAUAGAAAUAUAUACUUAAAAUUCAAACUAUUUGUAGAAACAACAACAAAAACAACAACCAGUAUAAGUAACAUUGUAAAUUAGAGCAAACGCGCGCCUUACGAGCGAACAUUUGUAUAUCCAAUCCACACAAUUUUUACCAUCUUUUUACCACCAUCUUUUACCUUGUUACCGACCCUAUAAAUGCAAUCAGCCAUGUAAAACUUCAAGGCGGCAGCCGAGAGGCCACACUUUAUUUGUACAUUUUAGAGUAUGUAGCAAGCGCGGCCCCCAUGCAGCAAUUGGGCUGUGGGCGUGGGCGUGGGCUGCCGCCAACAAUUUCUGAUAAUCAGUGCGCAGAAACACACAAACUUAUGAAAAUAUGUAUUACAUUUUACGACUUUCACUAGGCUUAAGUUGUCAUAAUCUUAAAAGAGUAGAGUGUGCGGUGCGGCGGUAAUGGCAAUGGCAAUCCAUCCUUCAGCUGCCUGCCUGCCAGCCGCAUGCUGCCUUAGCGUUAAUUUACGUGUACGAUUACGAGUACCAAACAUUCAAGUUCUAUGCGAACUGCUGCUGAGCUCUGAACCGAACCGAACCCAACCCUAAUCGUGUGGAGGAAUCUUAGCUUUCUUGUACGUACAAUUAUAAGUGACGACAUGGAACUAACUUAUCUCCAAUGUUUAGUUUUAAUCAAGCAACAAUUAAAUGUAAUCUACCUUUUAGCAAUCAGUCUGUAUGCAGUUGUCGUCUGAGGUCAGCGCAAUUAUUAUUAACGAAAUUUUACACAUUAAUGUAGCGAAAUACAAGAUUCGAAAAUACAUAAGAUAUAUACAGCAAAUGAAUGAUGUAAAUUCGACAAAAACAAAUUCCAAAAAAAAGAAAAA